AAGUACUGCAAGCAUGAAGUAUUUCAAUCUUGGACUCCUGGUGGUGCUGUUGCUGGUCUUCGUGGUGGCCCAUGAAGCGGAUGCCGAUUGCCUUUCUGGCAGGUAUGGAGGUCCCUGCGCUGUGUGGGACAAUGAGACCUGCCGUCGGGUUUGCAAGGAGGAAGGACGCACCAGUGGACACUGCAGUCCAAGUCUUAAAUGCUGGUGUGAAGGAUGUUGAGACAGAAUACCAUCCCACAAUCCAGACACUGUCUUAAUCAAUAUGUAUGGACGGUCUUUUGAAAUAAAAGUAUAAAAAAUCCUUUUUAUUAACAAAGCUCUCAACCUUUGGAAUAAAACACAUCCUUUAUUUCAAA